UUUAACAUUGAAAUUAUAUUUAAUAAUUGUGUACUUGCAUUUAUUUAUUAGUAAAAUUUCUUCUUAUCAAUUAGAUUAAACCUCAUCUUCAGAUUCAUCUUCAUUUCGUUGUUACAUGUUAUGGAAUAACUCGAGAUCCAAAUACUAAAGAGUAUAUGAUGGUUUUAGAAUAUUGUAAUGAUGGAAAUUUGAGAAAUUAUUUAAAUAAAUCCAAAGAAUAUAUGGGAUUUGGAUCGAAAAUUGAUAAAUUACAAAAAAUUGCAAGAGGACUUUUAGAUAUUCAUGCAGCUGGGAAUGUUCAUAAAGAUUUUCAUUCGGGUAAUAUAUUAUAUUAUUAUUCUAUUCCAUAUAUAAGUGAUUUAGGAAUGUGUCAACCAGCAAAAAGGCAAGGUAAAGAAGGAAUUUAUGGAGUAUUACCAUAUAUGGCACCAGAAGUUUUACGUGGACAACAAUAUACAAAAGCAGCAGAUAUUUAUUCAUUUGGAAUAAUAAUGAAUGAGUUUCUUUCUGAAGAAAUUCCUUAUUAUGAUAUUCCUCAUGAUGAAUUUUUAGCUAUUAAAAUAUGUGAAGGACUUAGACCAAAAAUUCCUAAACAUAUACCAAAAUUCAUUUCAGAUUUAAUAAUAAGAUGUUGGGAUGCUGAAGUAGAAAAUAGACUAGCCACUAAAGAAUUGUAUCAGAUAUUAAGUAAAUUGGGUAAGGAAAUAUAUGAUAAAAAUAGUGAAUUGUAUUAUCAAAUAAAAGAAGGUGAUGAAAUUGGAAGUAAAAAAUUUAAAAACGGCAAGUCAAAUGACGAUAAAUCCAAAAAUAUUCAAACACAUCCACAGGCUGUUUAUACUAGUAGACUUAUAAAUUUUAAAAGUCUUCCAAAACCAGUAAAUUCUUCAGAUUUAUCAUCUUUUCAAUUUAAUUCAGAUACUAAUUAUACUAUUCAAUCAGCAUUAACAAAUCCAAUUUCAGAAUGCUUGGAUGUUCAAUUAAGCGAAUUAGAACUAAAUGAAAUUUGUCAAGAUUGCGAAAAUAAUAUUGAAUGAAACUUCUUUUCACACAAGUCAAUGAUUAAAAUACAAAAGUGUAUGUAUGUUGAAGUUAGCCUUAUUUUUAUUAAAUUUAAAUUUUAUACUUUAGUUUUCUUUUGUAUUGUAUCAGUUUAUUAGGAUUUUUAUUUUUAAAAUUAUUUUUAUAUAAAUAAAGAUUAUAGGUUUUUAUACUAAUUAACUAAUUGUU